CACCUCUCUCUCCAUGCUUCUAUCUCUCGCACAGGGCAGCUAGGGCUAAAUUGGAACACGGACACACACAUAGUUAGUAAGAGGGGGUGGCAUGAGGGGGCGUCUUACAGUUGUUCAGUGACGCACACUUACAUGGACCUUGUGGCAAAACCUGGAGAUUCCUUCUGUUUUCAUACAUCAAGGAUUUUACUGGAAUCGCUGUUUACUUUUUAGGAUUUAAUCUGGGUUUGAUGGGAUUACUUUUUUUUUUUCACUGAGUGGAUAUUUAGAUAACGUGUUGCUAAUCCUGUGGGUGCACACACAUGUUUAGGCAGUCGAGUGUCUGAGUGUGAGACUGGGUUAACAAGAAGAGCGAGGGACAAGAACAAACAAGCAGACACACAUAAAAUCCAACACAGUUCUUCUUAAUGGUGACAGAAGGAGGCGAGAUGUCAAGGCCUCCUUCCUCCCAGACUACCCCUCAGUUCUACAGGGUCAGCGACAAAGAUCUCACUGAGAUCGAGCUACAUUCUGUGGACUCCAUCAAUGAUCUCCACCGAACACACGCCGAACACAGCCACAAAGGGAUGAGGCCUCCUCGUCCUGCUUACACACCUUCCCCGAACGGAAACGUCUACACGUGUGACAUGAGAGCUGUCAGUCAGAGGGACCAUCCCAUCAGCAGCAAAUGGCAGAGCCGCCUUCAGGACAUGUUGACACCCACUUCAUCUCGUGCCUAUGCCAUGGGCUGUGCUAUUAUCACUUUGCUUCUGCUAACAGUUUUACUCAUCUUCUACUUCUUGGUCCAGCAGGGCGGUGCAAUCCAGAUGCUGACUGAGGCGGUGAAGGAGAAAGAGGCUGCAGCCACAGAGCUGUCACUACUGAUCCAAGAACUGCAGGCACUGAGACGCAACCUGACAGCACUGAGAAGAGGGACAUGAGGAAGAUAUGCACAGAAAAUUACACAUGCGCACACAUACUGUUUAAUGUGGACAUGAGAAGUGCAGUAAAACUGUGUUUUACAGUGGGUUUUUCCUUGAAGAGGAAACAUUUGUCAGAAUGUUCUCUAAAUGGUUUUAGUCUUUAAAAACUAAAUGUAUAUGAUGGAACCAUGCACUUCUCUCAUAACAUCACAUCGGAUAAUACACAUAUAAUAAUAAAGGCUUUCAGCAAACUAAUCAUUAUUAUUAUUAUUAUUGCUCAAAAUAAUGAGCAGCUUCAAAUUGUUGCCACUGUACAAAGUGUGUUUAAAUGACACACCGUCUUUAAAAAUGUACCAGAUGUUGUGCAACAUGUGGAACAUUAUGCAGUAAAAAUGUGGUGGACUCUCAAAAAGUAAAACAGACUGAUUUCAGUCAUGUAUCAUUAAAUGUGUUAAUGCAGACAUUUUUUUUCAAUAAUGUAUUUGUUAUCCUGUUUGUAUUGAUGUUACAUCUUUAAAAAAACUGUCCUUAACACUGUGAGCGAUAGGACAUUGUGUCAGUGUUUCACCUUGGCUUCUCGUUUAAAACGUAAUUGUUCGUGAACUAUGUGUAAUCACGUCAUAAUCACGUCAGUGUAAUGCCAAAAAAUAAAAUCAAAUGGUUAG